CUUUAAGAGAGUCGCUCGGCUGUCGCGCACAUUGUGUCGAUACCGGUUCGCCGCUGUCGUGUAGUGUUUUAUUCUCGCUCUGUACAGUAAUGUCUGCUCAUUCUACCGACGAGCCGUUCCCGUUCCACGGGCUUCUCCCGAAAAAAGAGACCGGCGCUGCUUCGUUCCUCACAAAAUUCCCGGAGUACGAUGGCCGAGGGGUGCUCAUCGCGAUCCUCGACACCGGGGUGGACCCAGGGGCCCCGGGCAUGCAGACCACGACAGACGGGAAACCCAAGAUCGUGGACAUCAUCGACACGACGGGCAGCGGCGACGUGAACAUGUCCGGCGUGCUGGAGGUGAAAGACGGGCUCGUGGCCGGACUGACCGGACGCUCGCUCAAAAUUCCUGAUACCUGGGUGAAUCCGUCCGGGAAGUAUCACAUCGGAAUAAAGAACGGCUAUGAUUUUUUCCCUAAAGCUCUCAAAGAGAGAAUACAGAAAGAGCGUAAGGAGAAGCUGUGGGAUCCGGCGCACAGAGCGGCUCUCGCUGAGGCCAGUCGCAGGAUAGAAGAGUUUGAGCAGACUCACCCCAACCCGUCUCAGGUGGAGAAGCUACAGAAGGAGGAGCUACAGAGUCACGUGGAGCUCUUAGGAACCCUGGAGAAGAAGUACAGCGAUCCAGGCCCGGUUUAUGACUGUAUAUCGUGGCACGACGGGGUCACGUGGAGGGCUGUGGUGGACACGUCCGAGAGCGGAGACCUGGCGUCCUGCACCGUCCUGAGCUCUUACAGAGAGAGACAGGAAUACGCCACACUGGGAUACGCCGAGAUGCUCAAUUACUCCAUAAACAUCUACGACGAGGGAAACACUCUGUGUAUCGUCACCAGCGGAGGAGCUCACGGGACACACGUGGCCAGCAUCGCAGCGGGUCACUUCCCCGAUGAACCCGAGCGGGACGGAGUCGCCCCAGGGGCCCAGAUCCUGGCUGUGAAGAUCGGAGACACCCGCCUCAGCACGAUGGAGACGGGAACCGGCCUCAUACGAGCGAUGAUCGAAGUCAUAAACUAUAAGUGUGAUCUUGUGAACUACAGCUACGGAGAGGCCACGCACUGGCCGAACUCAGGGAGGAUCUGUGAGGUCAUCACGGAGGCCGUACAGAAGUAUAACGUGCUGUUCGUGUCAAGCGCCGGGAACAACGGGCCGUGUCUGUCCACCGUGGGCUGCCCCGGAGGAACCACCAGCAGCGUGAUCGGUGUGGGUGCUUACGUCACGCCGGACAUGAUGGUGGCCGAGUACUCUCUGAGAGAGAAGCUCCCUCCGAACCAGUACACGUGGUCGUCCCGCGGCCCCAGCACGGACGGGGCCCUGGGGGUCAGCAUCAGCGCUCCCGGCGGGGCCAUCGCCUCGGUCCCUAACUGGACGCUCCGCGGCACGCAGCUGAUGAACGGCACCUCCAUGUCCUCGCCCAACGCCUGCGGAGGCAUCGCUCUGCUGCUCUCGGGGCUGAAGCAGAACGGCGUUCGUCCCGUGGUGCCGGUGGUGCGCAGGGCUCUGGAGAACACGGCUCUGAAAGUGGAUGAUAUAGAAGUGUUUGCGCAGGGCCACGGCAUCAUCCAGGUGGAGCGGGCAUUCGACUACCUCAUGCAGCACGCGUCUCUGCCCACCAGCUGCCUGGGCUUCACCGUGACCGCGGGCUCGCAGCGGGGCAUCUACCUCAGGGACUCCACGCAGGUCACCGGCCCGUCCGAUCACGGGGUCGGCAUCGAGCCUGUGUUUCCAGAGAACACGGAGAACUCGGCCCGUAUCUCGCUGCAGCUGCAUCUGGCUCUGGUGUGUAACGCCGCUUGGGUUCACUGUCCGUCUCACCUGGAGCUCAUGAAUCAGUGCCGGCACGUCAACGUCCGCAUCGACCCGCAGGGCCUGCGAGAAGGGCUGCACUACACCGAGGUGUGUGGGUACGACACGUCAGCUCUCAGCGCCGGUCCUCUCUUCCGAGUGCCUAUAACGGUUAUAAUCCCCGUGAGAGUAGCCGACAGCCGCGGUCAGGAGAUCCCCUUCACGGACGUCCACUUCAGACCCGGACAGAUCCGCCGGCAUUUCAUUACCGUCCCUCACGGAGCGUCGUGGGCAGAGAUCACGCUGACCUCUCACUCCGGAGACGUGUCGUCCAAGUUCGUCCUGCACGCGGUUCAUCUGGUGAAGCAGCGAGCGUAUCGAGCCAAUGAGUUUUAUAAGUUCUCGUCUCUGCUGGAGAAGGGCUCGCUCACGGAGGCUUUUCCUGUGCUGCCAGGACGGACUCUGGAGCUCUGUGUUGCUCGCUGGUGGGCGAGUCUGGGUGAUGUCACUAUUGAUUACGUCAUUUCCUUCCACGGACUGGUGACGUCUCCUUCUCCGAUUCAUAUCCACGCCUCUGAAGGGAUUUCUAGUUUUGAGGUUUGUUCUCUGCUGAGAUACGAAGACGUCUCCCCGACAAUCACCCUGAAGAACUGGGUUCAGCCUCUCCGGCCUGUGAGCGCUAAAAUAAAACCCCUCGGCGCCAGAGAUGUGUUGCCCAACAACAGACAGCUCUACGAGAUCGCCCUCACGUAUAACUUCCAUCAGCCCAAGAGCGGCGAGGUGACCCCCAGCUGUCCGCUGCUGUGCGAGUUAUUAUACGAGUCUGAGUUCGACAGUCAGCUCUGGCUCCUGUUUGACCAGAACAAGAGGCUCAUGGGCUCCGGAGACGCUUAUCCUCACCAGUACUCUCUGAAGCUGGAGAAGGGCGACUACACGGUGCGUCUUCAGGUGCGUCACGAGCAGCAGAGCGAGCUGGAGCGUCUCAAGGACCUGCCCUUCCUCGUGUCUCACCGGCUGUCCAACACGCUCCCGCUGGACGUCUACGAGACCCACCGCGCCGCCCUGCUGGCCAAGAAGAAGGCCAACUCGGUGACGCUGAGCCCCGGCGCCUCGCAGCCCUUCUACAUCACAGCGCUGCCCGACGACAAGAUCCCUAAAGGAGCCGGACCCGGGGGAUAUAUGACCGGAUCGCUGGUUCUGCCCAAGAGUGAGUUCGGCAAAAAAGCUCAGGGACAAGCUUCAGCCAAACGACAAGGAAAAUUUAAAAAGGAUAUCGUGCCAAUCUUUUACCAUCUGGUCCCUGCUCCCAACAAAACCAAGAACGGAAAAGGAGACAAGGAGAAGGAUGCAGAGAAGGAGAAGGACGUGAAGGACGAGUUCACCGAAGCUCUGAGAGAUCUGAAGAUCCAGUGGAUGACCAAGUUGGAGAACAGCUCUCUGUUUGAGGAGCUCAAGGAGGCCUUCCCCACACACCUGCCUCUUCAUGUUCAGAGACUGCAUCAGCUGGACUCGGAGAAGGAGCGUCUGAAGCGUCUGCCGGAGAUCUCUGCUGCUGCUGAUGCAGUGAUGUCUCACAUCGAUCAGACCGCUCUGGCCGUCUACUUCACCAUGAAGACCGAUCCUCGUCCAGACGCCGCCUCCAUCAAGAGUGACAUGGAGAAGCAGAAGGCGUCUCUGCUGGAUGCGCUCUGCAGGAAGGGCUGCGCUCUGGCGGAUCAGCUGAUGCAGACGUCUGCGCAGGAGGGCGCUAGCGCAGGAGAAGUGGGCAGCUCCGAGGACGAGCCGCAGGCCAAAGCUCUGACCGACACCUUCUGGGAGCUGCAGAAGUGGGCGGAGCUCAGCGACUCCAAGGUUCUAGCAUUUUCCUACAAACACGCGUUGGCAAACAAAAUGUACGCGAGAGCCUUGAAGUUCGCAAGUAAGAUCGUCGAGGACAAACCCAGCAAAGAGAACUGGAAGAACUGCAUACAGCUGAUGCGUUCUCUGGGCUGGAUGCACUGCGUCUCCUACACCGAGAACUGGCUGCCCAUCAUGUACCCGUCCGACUACACUCCCUUCUAAAGUUUUUAACCGAGGAGACUUUUAAUGCCUUCUGGAAACCAUCAGGAAGCAAACACCUCAUAUAUCACACGGUCCUUCACGGAUCCCACAAUGCCUUUCUGUGCGGAUCACAGCACUGAACCCACAGUCCUCAUCCUUGGGCUUGAAUCACAUCACUGGUUUCUCAUCAGACGGCCGGGCGUCUCUUUUUAACGGGAACUCGUGGGAUUACUUGCGUUAUGCUGUUUCUGGGCAUUUCCCUCAACGAACGAACGAACCAGAAAACGUCAAGGCAAUACGGCAGACAUCCAGUGGACUUCGGGGUGAAACGUCCAGCUCGUGUUUCAGCCCAUAAUCAAGUCAAUCAACUUCAUUUCUGCGUUUCGUUUUUUUUAAAUUUUAGGGUGAAAUCUCUUUUUUCCUUCCUUUAUUAAUGGACCCUUCUAUAAGUCAAAUGUAUGCAUGUUUUAUAAAGACACGAGGGUCGCUUCACGUUCAUGGCUUUCAAUCUCGUGCCGUUCUGAAGAAAGUCUGAGCUUCUGAGCCUGGGCUCAAAUAUUUGCUUCUGAAUUAGUCACGCUUCGUUUUAGUGUUUAAAUGUGUGUCUCGAACGAUUCUUCAGGGUUUAAACGUCUGAAAAAACAGAUGGGAUGUUUCACUGCAAAAAAAAAAUCUUCUUUUCUUGUGUAAAUAUAUCUAGAAAUUAAGGUGCAUUUAAUUGCAAGUAAAAUGACCUGGGAAAUUCUUUUAAAUUCAUCCAAAUUUAGUUUAUUUUUUCCUUAAAGCAAGUAAAAAUGUUUACCAAUUAUUUUUUUAAUUAUUUUUUUUUUUUUCUUACUCCAUUGGAAGAUAUUUUUGCUUGUUUUAAGCAAAAACGAAGAAAAUUCUAAAGAAGUAAACGCUUCCUGAUUCGAGAAUGUUUAGGUGUGUGUGCUAGAAAGCAGGGUUAUUAAUACGAGGCAGUCAAACGUUUUUUUGCAGUGUUUGAAAGUCAGAAACGAAGCCAGCAGUUCAUGCUAUGUGUGUGUUUUCACUAGUGACGUCUCACUUUUUCUCAGAGGGCUUUUGCAUUGGCUUGGAAACGCAUUGGUGGUGUGAUCUGUCUUCGGUUCUUCAUCCUGUGUGUGUGUGUGUGUGUGUGUUUGUGUUCAGAGCUCAGACGUCUCUAACGACAGGUUCUUCAAAAAUGGCCUUAAAUAUUCAUCAAACCCGUCCACCUCUGCGUUUCUUCAGGAAAUAUUACACAGCUCUGUAUCAAAAACCCUUGAAUAUCUUCAGAUAUAUUUAUGGAUGUCUUGUAUUUAUGAAGUAUAAAUGAAUACUAGGUAAUGCCAAUAUUUUCAAGUCCUUUUAAUUCAUGCAUAGAGUAGGUAGGUGUUAUUUUAUAUAUCCAUUGUUUCAGAAGUAACAGCCGGUUAUUUUGUUAACACAGUCAAUGUAUUUGAUGAAUAAAAGGAUCUGGAACUGAC